GAGGCGGGCCAGGGGAGGCGGUCCCAGAGGCAGAGUGGGCGCCGGAGGUCGCUGCAGCCGCGGACACCGCGCGCCGCUGGCCAACAUGGUCGCUGCGCACGCUGCCCAUUCUUCCUCCUCGGCAGAGUGGAUCGCCUGUCUAGAUAAAAGACCAUUGGAACGAUCCAGUGAAGAUGUAGAUAUAAUCUUUACACGGCUGAAAGAAGUUAAAGCUUUUGAGAAAUUUCACCCAAAUCUCCUACAUCAGAUUUGUUUAUGUGGUUAUUAUGAGAAUCUGGAGAAAGGAAUAACAUUGUUUCGUCAAGGUGAUAUUGGAACAAACUGGUAUGCUGUCCUGGCAGGAUCUUUGGAUGUUAAAGUAUCUGAAACCAGCAGUCACCAGGAUGCAGUGACCAUCUGUACUCUGGGAAUUGGAACGGCCUUUGGAGAGUCCAUUCUGGACAACACACCCCGCCAUGCAACCAUCGUUACCAGGGAGAGCAGUGAACUGCUCCGCAUCGAGCAGAAGGACUUCAAGGCUCUAUGGGAGGUGAGCCCCAAGGCUUCUUCGUCAAUUAAUGUGGUUGCAGAAAAGAAAAGGAGCUGCCGCAUGGAUAAUGGCAUUACAGUCAGGCCUUAAUGUGCUCCGUUCUGAGCUGGUAGAUGGAAUUUAAUUUUCAAAACUUGUUUUUGAAAUGAGUGAGCGAAAAAGCCAUUUUGACACAAGACAUCUUUUUUUUUUUUUUUUUUAAUUUAGUGCUUGCUCAAUUUUCUGUAGUUUGACAUACCUUAUAAUUAUUUCUUGAAUGACCAUAGAGUGUUUUAUGUAUUUCCUCCCUCCUAUUCCACAGAUGUAUUCUUAACCAGGGAACAAAAAACUUUGACAUUUUCUUUUGCAUUUUAAAAAUUAUCAUUGACAUGUUCCCUGGUAAAGUGGAAUGAAUGGGGUUAACAUCUGCUUCAUUUAAAUGCUUUUAAAAACGAUGUGCCCUAUAAUAAGGUGUGGGAAAUGAGGGACAUAAAGAUGUCUGGUUACCUGCCAACUUCAAAAUGCAUAGGUGGCACAGCAGUAGAUGGAUGCAACUGGUCCUGGUGACUUUUGCAUUUACCACUGCUUACCAGUGUGCCUUAGGGUACUGCACUCAUUUACAAGAAGUACGGGGAAUAAAUCAUCUUAUAUGCAGUAAUGGCAAAUGG